UUUGUGCAGCGGCAGUACACACAGGAGGCGGUGUAUUUAGGGCUUGUGCACUCCCUCUGAAACGCACAUCUCACUACCACACAUCUCACCACAGACUGGAGAAGAAACCAAUCUUCUGCUGCUCACAGGAGGGAAACAAACACGCACUGGACCAGCUGUAGAUUUCUGUGGAUUAUCAAUCAGUCGUGUAUGAGGGUCUGACUGCGACAUAAUCUCAACAACACACUCAAUAUACAAAUUAAGUGAAAUCUACAUAGUCCAUAUGAGUGAGCAAUGCAGCAGCCGUGAGCAGCAGAGCAACUGUGUUUGUGGGUAAAUAAAGAUGUCGACGGCUGAAAAUGGAGUCGGAGGACCAAGCAGCGAGAAAACCUAUAAAAAGGCUGAGGAACCCAAUGACAACAUCAUCGUCGGCUAUUAAGGGAGCCAUCCAGUUGGGCAUUGGUUACACUGUAGGGAACUUGACCUCAAAACCUGACCGAGAUGUUCUCAUGCAGGAUUUUUACGUGGUGGAGAGUGUGUUUCUGCCCAGCGAGGGCAGUAACCUAACUCCAGCACACCACUACCCCGACUUCCGGUUCAAGACCUAUGCCCCAUUGGCCUUCCGGUACUUCCGAGAGCUGUUUGGAAUCAAACCAGAUGACUACCUGUACUCGAUCUGCAAGGAGCCCCUAAUCGAGCUGUCCAACCCUGGGGCCAGCGGCUCGCUCUUCUACCUGACCAGCGAUGACGAGUUCAUCAUCAAAACUCUACAGCACAAGGAGGCUGAGUUUCUGCAGAAACUGCUGCCUGGCUAUUACAUGAACCUCAACCAGAAUCCCAGGACACUUUUGCCAAAGUUCUACGGUCUCUACUGCAUGCAGUCGGGUGGAAUGAACAUACGUGUGGUGGUUAUGAACAACGUCCUGCCACGCUCUGUAAAAAUGCACUACAAAUAUGACCUCAAAGGUUCCACGUACAAACGGCGGGCCUCUCGAAAAGAACGUGAGAAGUCCUGUCCCACUUACAAGGACCUGGACUUUCAGGACAUGCAUGAAGGCCUGUACUUUGACACAGAGACCUAUAACGCUUUGAUGAAGACCCUACAGCGUGACUGUCGGGUGUUGGAGAGCUUUAAGAUCAUGGAUUACAGCUUGCUCCUGGGCAUACACGUGCUGGAUACACAGAACCACAGAGAAGCAGAUGGAAGUGUAGUAGACGGCAGGCGUCCUGUCGGACAGAGGGUUCUCUACUCCACCGCCAUGGAGUCCAUCCAGGGGGGCGGCAAGGCAGCAGAGGCCAUAACCACAGAUGAUACAAUGGGAGGAAUCCCAGCCAGAACUAACAGGGGCGAGAAGCUGUUGAUUUUUUUGGGGAUAAUUGACAUCUUGCAGUCGUACAGGUUUAUCAAGAAGCUGGAGCACUCUUGGAAAGCACUUGUCUACGAUGGUGAUACGGUGUCUGUCCACAGGCCGAGCUUCUACGCAAACAGGUUUCUCAAAUUCAUGAGCACGAGAGUUUUCAGAAAAAUUCAAACAAACCGGUAUUCUCCAUCAAAGAGAGUGCGUAACUCCAUAGUCCCGAUGAAAUCAUCCUCUCAGGAGCUGCUGUCCCCUCAGAGGGAAGACAGAGCAGAAGACAGGGCCGAGAGACUUGUGGCAGCCCGCAGUCUUGCCAGUCUGGAUGGACAAGUGUGCACUUAUUACCGUCGACCCGACCUGGUCCCAGUCACAGCUGCCUACGGUGAACCUUCUUCAAUGGCCACUACUAUGUCCGUCAACGACAGAUACUUGCCUCCUAGAUCAAACUACCGAUAUCCUGUCAACUCGUACUCUAACUACAGGAUGGCAGACAGCGCCAUCUGUCUAACUUCCGAGCAAAGCACAGUGGACACAGACCGAGACGACGGCUCAGUGCUGGAUGUUUACUUUUAAGGAGCCAUGAGAUGAUAGUUAUCGUCUUCCUCAUCACUCUUCAUCACCCACUCUGGACACUUUUUUGUCCAAGAUGCACACCAGGAUUUGCUAAUGAAAGACUGGACACCUACCAUUAUCAUGUGGAUGAUAGGAAAGGAAAUUAGAUGUUUUCUGUGUGUCAUGAAGUUACAGCAGGACAGAGAUGGUGUUUUAUGGCUGCGAAGAGGCGAGUAAGCCUGAACAUGCAGCCUGGGGCCUAAGCAUCCACAGUCAUCAAGUAGUGUGUGUGUGAAUUAUUGUGGAAAAAAAUGCUUCUCACGGGUCAAAGACUGCUUUGUUUAGAUCAGAUUUUGUAUGUUUGCAGCUUUCUAGCUCUUUUGCACCCAAGCAACACACAAACAGCAGAUCAUUCACGACUUGAUUGCUGAAAACUCAUCAUUGGGUUUCGAAAUGUAAAAGUGUCAUACAGUGAUGAUAUUGCCUCUAUUUAUAUUGCUAGGAUAUCUAGUGGACUAGAUUAAAAAGUAGUUCAAUUCUGAAUGUUUAGUCUUUCCUACAUGAUACGAAGUACUUUCUCGGUAUGUCAGAGAAAUGAAUGAUAUUUUCAGCUGAACAUGAAAAGACGUUGAAUUUGUCCUUUUCAAAUCAUAACGCCAAAACUGACUUCUUGCUAUGGGCGGCGUGGUGUUUGAAGAUAAGUCUGAGUUUUAUAUCGGUCAAGAAUUAUAUGCGAAGUCUGGCAUAUUUCAGUUUAAACAUGUAAACAUGUGAGUUUGUGUGCAGUAGAUGUUCAAAAACGAAGGAUUUUUGAUAGCUACGAUGUAGAUCUACAGAGAAUAUUUUGUGAAGGGUGGGGAGUGUUUCAUAUUUGUGAAUCUGUUCCAUUAGGAGAUAUUUCAUAUUGAAGCAUCCUGUUAUGUGCUUUAUAUUAUUUAACAGUGUGCUUCUGUUUUACACAGACAAAUGUUUAACAAGUGAUUCGUAUAAAAAAUUAGUCUUUUGAAUAUCAUUAUUGCACCUUUGUAGAUUAUAAUUUAUGAAACUGCUUUCAAUAAAGACUGUAUAUUGUA